AUGGGCAUCCCAGGCCUGCGAAGCGUCAUCGAGGCGUGUGAGGAAAUCGUCCCACUCGCCCAACUCGCCCAAGACUGUUGGAACGAACACCAAAGGCCUUUUCGCAUCGCUGUUGAUGCAGCAGACUGGCAUUUCCACAAUAUCAGUCCAGCGCAAGAGCGCUCCAUCCGGUCGAAGGAAAGCGCCGCGAAUCCCAUUGAAAAGGCAAUCUUCUUCCGAGUCUGCAAUCUCCUGACACUCAAUAUUCGCCCGGUUUUCGUCUUCGAUGGCUCACACGCUCCCCUCAAGCGAAAUGCAACCGAGGGGCGGAAAAUAAGUCCGAAGGCACGGGUGCUCAUAGAGAAAGCGCUUGACGGACUUGGUGUUUCGAGGAUCGAUGCCCCCGGAGAAGCCGAAGCAGACUGUUGCAGAUUGCAGACCCUUGGAUUGGUUGACGCAGUAUGGUCGCAAGAUUCCGACUGCUUGAUGUUUGGCUGUACGUUUUGGAUCCGCGAGCUUCGCACGGCUAGAGAAGCGGGAAACAGUAGUCGUCAUGUGGGCGACACGCAGAAGGACCCCAAAAGAGUCAGAGUUGUCCGCGCCGAAAAGCUGAAGAUUGGAGAUUUCCAGCUUAAGCCCGAUGGUUGUGUCUUGUUUGCCAUGCUUGUCGGUGCUGACUAUGACACACGGGGCCUCCCAGGUUGUGGAAUUGCCAACGCCUUGAAACUCGUCAAAGCCAGUCUUGGCCGCAGCUUGUGCUCUAGGCAGAACCAGCAGGAGUGCGAUGUCUGGAGCGAGCGAAUAUUGCCGAGAUACUUGGCCACUCAGUCGAUUACCCUUGUCGUCCCGAAGACCUUCCCACGGUUCGACACACUACAAAAUUACGCGAAUCCUCGCACGUUCGGAGAUGCAGAGCUGCGUGAGAGGGCGGCGGGCAGUAGUGAAUUUAAUCACCCACCGCGCGAGGAAGAGCUUCUGGGAGUGGCAUGUCGCUACUUCAACUUUUGGAGCAAGAAAUACUACAACCACAUUGGCCCUGUUCUCCUAUCUCGCUAUCUCGCAGAGCGAGACAGGUCGCUUCCGCGCGAGCUGGUGCACGACAUUAAGCUCGUGAAAACGAAGUCAAAGGGUGCAGGAAGCGAGUCCGAUCCCGCUAUCUUGGAGCGAAAGCUUACCUUUUCACCUUUUGGCGUCUCUCGUCUCAACAAGGCGCACUUUGAACCCCUAUACAGCACCAGGCCUUCGAAAACCGAUACCAGUUUCGACCCCGAGCAACGCGUUACAUGUGAGAUACCAACUUUCUUGCUACAAAAAGUGCUGCCGUUGGAUGUGCUUGAACCUCCGGCCGCUGGAGCCCAAAAGCAGACACCCAAACGAAAGCAGCGGGAUGAUGCCGAGCAAGGAGAUGCUUCACAUGCAAAGAAGCGAGGUCGCCCUCGAAAGAAAGAUACCGCAUUCUCCUCGGACGUCAUUGAUUCACCUGGAAGUAGAGCCUUGCCCUCAACACCCUACCGUCGGCCUCUUGCUACGCCAAACAGAGACUCAUCGAGACCUUCUGCCACUCGUACCAGCACAGCGAUUGAAUUUCCAGACUCAGAGGAUGAGCAGAUCAAAGAAGCUAAACGGCGGAGUCUCCUGGAUGUUUUUCACGAACAACGGCGUUCAUUCCCUGGCAUAGGAAAUGGAGAGUCGUCUGCUUCUCCUAGGCCCUCAAUGUCGACGCCAUCUCGAGCUGGACCGAGCACUUUGGCAUCACUUCCUCGUGAGGCGAACACAGCAGGUCCUGGCAACGGCAGCGUGGCGUCUCCAUGGAACCUUGACCGCACUGACUUCAUUGAUCUAACAGAGGACUAA